UACACUUUUGUGGUUGUAAUAAAAAAAACAUAAAUACACGAAGAAAAACUACUUGAAGUAAACUGCAGAGGAGACCAACUGUAAAAAAGAAAAUAUUAUGUCUCAAAUUAUAGUAAAGGGUCAUACAAAAGCUUCAUAGAAUCGUAUAAGUGUGGGAGAAAGCAAGUGUUUGAGUUAAAAGAGAUAUACUCUGGAGAGAGAGACUGAACUGUGAGUGAGAUGGAGGGAGUGCUGCUGCUGCUGGUGCUGGCGCCGGCGCUGGCGCAUGCGCGGGACGUCACCGACGAGCAGUACAGCCAGUUCCCGCGGCUGUUCCACCUGGACGACUACAGCAGCUGCCUGGCGCGGCCCGGCGGCCUCUACUGCCUCGGCUCCUUCCACAUCGCGCCGCUCAGCGAGCCCAGUCCUGUCUACAACAUGCUUAAGGAGUACUCCGAGGACGUGCACCACUUCAACCGCACUGAGCUUCACCGCGGCUACUGCGUGAGCUCGCGCUGCCCCGCGCUGGCGGGCGAGCGCAACGCGUCGCGCCGCUUCUCGCGCUGCGCCGGGCUGCGCGCGCGCCGCCACGCGCUGCGCCUCACGCUGCACAUGCUGCGCUACUGCCGCACGCACGCGCAGGAGUACGCCGCGCAACACUCCUCCGAACCCAUGGACGAGCCGCAGAAACUCUUCCUCCUCGUGGUCGCCGCUCUGCUCGCUAUGAAUGUCAUCGGAACUGCAUACGAUUUGCUAACAGAUGGCAAUGACAAAAAGUUCGCCGCGUUGUCGGCGUGGUCAAUGCGCAGCAACUGGCGGCGACUGACUGCGAGCUACGAGGACUGUGACCCACGCAUCUCCGCGCUCUCCCCCGUGCAGGGUGUCAGAGUGCUCCUGUUGGUGCUGAUCAUAGCGGCGCACAGCGGCUGCGUACAAGUCGCGCUCUACAUCUCCAACCCGCGUUGGAUUGAACAGAUGUCUCACCACCCGCUGCUGAUGUUGUUCCUGAACGGCACGUCGGUGGUGCAGGUGUUCAUCAUGCUCUCCAACUUUCUGCUCGCCUACAACCUGCUGCUUUACUCCAAGGUGCAGAGGCUCUCCUUCCGGAUGCUGCCAUACAUCACCAUCAAGAGAAUUGUCAGGUCCGUCAUACAAUUAGACAUUCAAUAUAAACGACGACAGAAGAUAUCCCCAGUGUACUUGCUAGUGGUGGGGUAUGCGGCCACGUGGUGGGCGAGCGCGGGGGCGAGCCCGCUUUGGCCGGCGGCGGUGGGCGCCGAGAGCGCAGCCUGCCGCAGGAAGUUCUGGACUCACGCGUUCUAUCUCAACAACCUCAUCGACCCCGAGGAUAUCUGUCUCGUGCAGACCUGGUUCUUGGCGGUGGACAUGCAGCUGUACAUACUGGCGGCCAUGCUGACGGUGUACCUGUCCUCGCGGCGGGAGCGCGCGUUGCUGGUGUUGGCCAGCCUCGUCGCCGCCUCGUGUCUGCUCAACGGCCUCCUCGCAUAUGCCUUCGAUUGGAAGUCGCUCAUGUUCAUCGCUUAUCCGGGCCCCCUAAGCAGGAUGUACCGCGGCCUGCCGUCGUUCUCGCGGCUGUACGAGGCGCCGUGGGGCAGCCUGCCGCCCUGCCUCAUGGGGCUGUUCUUUGCAUUCCUGCACUUUGAGCUACAGGAAGCUGGAGUCAAGGUGUCCUCGUAUAAAUGGCUGAAGCUGCCUUACCACGUGGCUCCGGUGGCGAUAGUGGCGUGGAUCCUGUCAGGGCACUGGCUGCGCGCGUACUCCGCGCCCUGGUUCGUGGCCGGCUACGUGGCGCUCGAGCGGCCCCUGCUCUCCUGUCUCAGCGGAAUCAUACUCCUAGGCAUGUUCAAUGGACUGGAAGGCUGGCAGAAGCAGAUAUUCUCGUGGCGCGGCUGGCAGGUGAUGGGGCGCAUGUCGCUGGCGGUGCUGGCCGUGCACUGGUGCGUCAACAUGGGCAUCGCCGCGGCGCGCCACCAGCCCGUGCACUCCUCCCUGCUCUCCGUGACAAUGGAGUGGCUGGCGACGACCUGCUUCUCGUACCUGAUCGGGAUCCCGCUCACCGUCAUGGUGGAGAUGCCGGCGCAGAGGUUCGUGACGGCGCUCAUCAUGUGACGUCAUCACAGCUGGCUUUACUGAAACUGUUCACUAAGUGAAAUUGACCGUGCUCAAAUUAUAGAAAUUAUGUAAACUUAAAGCAUUUUUAAGUGGAAUUAUCUGGAAUAUAACAUGUUCACUUUUAUCCUUUAGCAUUUAAAAUAAUAAAAAAAAAACAGAAACCUACAACCG